UCUUCUCGUCCAUUAACCAACGAUACCCACCGCGGCUAGAUAACGCUCUUUACCUAGCAUUAGAGUCAUUAUUUCUGAACGAAGGAACCCCUCCGUCGAUCGGCCAACAAACUGAAUGCUAAAUUUCGUCGUAUUAAUCAGAUACAGGGCUUUGGCCCCGUCUCUACCAGCUGAAGCACAUCACUUCUGUCUGCUCUACGACCAAAGCCUGUUCCUGUCUUGGCCAUGACUGCUCAAAGGGAUCUCGAUAUGGUGAGUCUGCGCCUUAUCCUUGUCAGUGGGAAAACACAGGACUUUACUUUCUCUCCAAAUGACUCGGCGACAGAUAUUGCGAAGCAUGUAUUUGACAAUUGGCCCGCAGGCUGGGAAGAGGAGCAGGUGAGCAGCCCCAGCAUCCUCCGCCUCAUCUUCCAGGGACGCUUCCUUCAUGGCAAUGUUACCCUGGGAGCUCUUAAGCUGCCCCCAGGCCGAACAACUGUGAUGCACUUGGUUGCCAGAGAGACGCUCCCAGAGCCAAAUUCCCACGGUCAGCGGAACAGAGAGAAAACCACAGAGAGCAACUGCUGUCUUCUCUUGUAAAAGCAAUGGACCCCCCCCCCCAACAUCCUACACACACACACUUAGACACACACACUUAGACACACAUACAUUUACCUCCUGCCUGUCAUCCUACCAGCCAUGAAUUUGGGGUCCUCAUAGGAAGUCCGGUUGAAGGUUGUCAGUGACUGUUGCCCAUGCUGGUUAUGCUCAUGUCCAUUCGAACGCUUUAGGAUUUCCUUUUUGUGCCAAUGUAUUCAAAUCACUCUCUCCCACCACCAGCCUGUGUCACAAAUUCUGCCUUUUUGUUCCAUUUGCCUGAAAGAAUAUGUAAUAAAUUAUAAACUGUGCUCCUAUACCAAUUCGGCUGGCUAAUGGACAAGAUUUAAGGGCUCAUUUUGCCCUGUGACAGUGACUACAAUGGACACAGGAACUGUUUCCCCUCUUCAUGGACAUAAAGGUUCUUUAAAGGAUGAAUGGGUUGAUCCUUCCCUACUAUUCAUAUGACUUUUCCUUGGGUCUUACAGAAUGGUUUUAAUCCUCAUUGCACUUAACCGGGUUUUUAAUUUCAGAGUGUGUCUUGAAUUUCGUGAAAUCUUUGUAUUGUCGUCAUCUUCCCUGUCUCCCUAUCCCGUUCUCUCACUUUUCUGAAAGUACGUGCCAUUCACCCCACCAAUAGACUGCACUUCCCUCGUGCUGACUAAACAGACCGGUCCGUCACAUCUCCAAGUGGCGUGUCUGCACUCGCUCAUGAGUUCCCUGCAUUGGACAAACUGAGAAAGACUUUUGAACAAAUCAGGACAGUUGCCUGCGUGUGGCAUUGGCGCGGAUGGAUGAACCCUGAGAUGGAGGACAGACAGGUCCCAAAGAAAUGGAUUCCCGGGCUUCUGUUGAGUUGCGCUCAUUGUUUAUGGAAUGCAGAGCGAUAGUAUUGUCAUGUCUCCGAGUGACCAUUUUACAUGCCAUCAGGUGCCAACGGUUGCAUUUUGUACCUCCCUCCAUGGCCCUAUAGACUAAGCUGCCUGCACCACCCCCCACCCCAUCUCUAGGGGGACUCUUCCUCACCACUCCCUGUCUAGUUGGAGGAAAACGGGGGGGGGGGGGGGGGGCCGACAUAACAAGUCGGUUCCAUGGAGACAAAAAGGGCAAAUGAAGAUGGGGAGGUUGGCAUGUAGUAGACACAGUGCCCCCUACCGGACACUGAGACGGGAGGCACGGGGAGAACGCUCCCUCAUCCAGUCGAGAGAAAGAGGAAUUAUUGGUGAUGAUUCACCUCCUUUAAAUUUUGAUGCUGUCUUUAUUUCUUGUUUGCCUUUUAUCGUGGAAUCUAGUAAUAUCAUUAAUAUUAAAUUUAAAUAUAUCAAUUUUUAUCUUGUAUAGUUAAUUGUUCAACUUUAGCGUGUGCGUGCGUGCGUGUGUGUGUGUGUGUGUGUGUGUGUGUGUGUGUGUGUGUGUGUGUGUGUGUGGCAUAUGAGGACUCGGGAGGUGAGGAGAUCUCAUAGAUUAUAUGGUGCACUGGGAGAAACGAUUGGCUGUGGUUUUCUUUGGAAACGGUCAGAAACAUUCGAUUCCUUCCAUUGAGUGUCUUUUGGUUUGUGUUUAUUUCAACCAAUGUCACUGCUAUGAAGUUAAGCUUAAUAUGAAUAAAUGUAAAAACUAAAAUGCAAUGUGGUCUACCUAAGAGCUUGUAUUAUAAAUUAAUAAAUCUUUGAAU